AAGAGGUUUGCGCUCGUACUCCGUUACGUAAGCACGCACGCCGCGUCAGGACCUCAGGAGAAGGUAUUUCUCAGCAGCGCCAUUUUGCUGUAGAAGAGUCCAAGCGUGCGCCGAGGGACCGGAGAACCGCGUCGGAAUUACUGCAAAUUAAAGUACAAUCCCAUCAUGCAUCGUGACUGCCCGCUGGACUGUAAGGUGUAUGUAGGGAAUCUUGGGAAUAAUGGGAAUAAAUCUGAGCUGGAGCGAGCCUUUGGUUACUACGGGCCCCUGCGCAGCGUCUGGGUGGCCAGGAAUCCUCCCGGCUUCGCCUUUGUUGAGUUUGAGGAUCCCAGGGAUGCCACCGAUGCUGUGAGGGAGCUGGACGGCAGGACACUGUGUGGUUGCCGUGUAAGGGUCGAGCUGUCCAAUGGAGAGAAGCGAUCCCGUAACCGAGGGCCUCCACCUUCCUGGAGCCGCCGCCCACGUGACGAUUACCGUCGCCGAAGCCCGCCUCCCAGGCGCAGAUCCCCCCGCAGGAGGAGCUUCAGCCGUAGCCGCAGCAGAUCUCUUUCUCGUGACCGCAGAAGGGAGAGAUCUCUGUCUCGUGACAGGAACCAUAAACCAUCUCGCUCCUUCUCCAGAUCCAGAAGUCGCUCUCGGUCAAAUGACAGGAAGUGAGGUCCUUGAACAUGGAUUCCUCAUGUAAAGAUCGUCUUUUAAACUCCAGUGCUAUGGACUCUGACUCGGACACCCUGCUUUGUUAGCUUCUUCAUUUUCCUUAUUUUAUAAACAGAUCAGAUGUUUUAGAGCGGUUGUGUUUCGUGUGUGUGUGAGUGUGAGAGAGAGAGAGAGCGAGCUCCAUUUUUUCAGCUGUCACCAUUCCAUCGCCGAUCAAUUUUUUUAACUGUUUAGGUUUCUCUUUUUUUCUCUUCCCUUUCUUCUUGGUCAUGCAUGGUCAUGUGAAUAAUGAACUCCUACGUGUGUUUCUGAGCAGGAGACAGGAAGUGGAAUUUUUUUUUUUUUUUAUGGCGUUUGGAAUCCUCUGUGAAUUGGUGGUGAGUUUGAGAUGGGAAACUGUACGGCACUAUGAAGAAAUGUUUUUUCCUCCCUCAGUUUAUUUUUUUUUCCCUCUCUCUAGUGUUUGUACUGUUUGUAAUGUUCAUCUAAAAUAAAAAAGACUCUGGUUUCAGAAUGAC